UCCCUCCAAACACUCUCUCCUAACUAGCCAUUCCAUUUUCUUUUUUCCUUUUCUUGGUUUCACUCAAGUAAUCAGAUUUGGUAAUAAUCUAAUAUAGAGGAAGGUAAAAAGUAGAAGAGGAGAGAAAGGGUUUGCUUUGUGGUUCAUAAGCAUAGUACAGUUGCUCAAGAAGAUAAAAAUAUAGAGAAAAUUUUCACAUGAGAAUAGUGUUUCAACAGGUGAAGUGAAGAAGAGAAAAGGGUUUUAAUUUUUGCUAGAUAAAGAAAAGAAAAAGGAGAGUGAGUGAGAAAGAGAAAGAGAGAAAAAGAAAUGGUGGGCUCAGGAGCAACAGAUAGGAGCAAAGAAGCAGUUGGGAUGAUGGCCCUUCAUGAAGCACUAAGAAGCGUCUGUCUCAACACAGAGUGGACUUACUCUGUCUUCUGGACCAUUCGUCCUCGCCCAAGAGUUCGCGGUGGUAAUGGUUGCAAAGUUGGAGAUGAUAAUGGUAGCUUGAUGUUGAUGUGGGAAGAUGGGUUCUGUAGAGGGAGCUUGGAAGAGAUGGAGGGUGAAGAUCUAGUGAGAAAAGCAUUCAGCAAAAUGUCCAUUCAGUUAUAUAAUUAUGGAGAAGGGUUGAUGGGGAAAGUUGCCUCUGAUAAGUGUCAUAAAUGGGUUUUCAAAGAGCCUACUGAAUGUGAACCAAAUAUAUCAAACUACUGGCAGAGUUCAUUUGAUGCUCUCCCAUCUGAGUGGACUGACCAGUUCGAGUCAGGGAUUCAGACUAUUGCUGUAAUUCAAGCUGGACAUGGCCUACUGCAACUGGGAUCCUGCAAAAUUAUACCGGAAGACCUCCAUUUCGUGCUAAGAAUGAGGCACACAUUUGAGUCUCUAGGCUAUCAAUCUGGCUUCUAUCUGUCGCAGUUAUUUUCUUCGACAAGGACCGGUUCACCUUCAUCCACAAUGCCUCUUAAGCAGCCAACUAUGCCAAUCCGGCCUCCUCCUCCCCUUUUCAACUGGGGGCCGAGGCCAAUGCCUUCAGUGUCAUCACUGCUUUCCUCUCCCAACUUCCAAAACUCUGCAAGACUUGGAAUGCAUCAUCAGUCCAAAGAUGAAUCACACAUGUUCCUUCAUCCUCAUUCAUCCGAACCUCGAAUGGAAGAUCACAUGAUGGGAGCUGAUCAUGAGAACGAUAUCAAAUGGCCUAAUGGAUUGACUUUCUUCAGUGCUCUCACUGGCCGAAAUGACGACUCUAGGAUUAUGUUCAAUCCUGAUAACUUAGGAACUAAACCGGAGCAUAAUCAGCACCCACUUAGUCUUGAUGGAAGGACUUCAAACCCAAAUUCAGAUGCUUCUAGUUUGCACAAUAAUGGCUGUGCUAAUCCGAACGAUUUCUUGAGUUUGGAUAACCACGCGGAUAGUGUUCGGAAGAUGGACAAGUUCAAGAGGAGCCUCACUCUGCCUGCUAGGAUGGCGUCGUCUUCUAAUUCAUCGACUUCACAUGAUCAGCACCAAAAUAAUCCAGGAGAUUAUCGGAAUGAAGGACGAAUGUACUCUGAUGUCAUGGACAGAUUCUUGGAAUGAUGCUUCCUCGGGUUAUGGUGGAGAAGUUGUACUUAGGAGAAAGCUUUAGUUCUGUUUUCUGCUCAUAGGUUAUGUGCUUUGCUUAAUUUACUGCUCUUGUAAUAGUUUGUCUUUCCUUCAUCCUUUUAACAGUUGGACGUUUCCACAGUUUCUUGUAGUCUUUUUGAUCAGUUCAUCUAGCAAUGAAGGAAAAUUUAUGCUUC